GAUCAACGUUCUACUUCCGUGUGGUGCUACAAAAGCAGCAAACCGAAACAACACUCACCUAUGGCGAGCAGUUUCAUGUGGACGAGCUUGCUCACCAUGAGCCCAUGGUCAUUGCCGAGUCUCCCAUCUUACGCUCGGCAUGGCGUGCCAUUUUGACUAGUUUGGGCCUUACACAUGUCUGGGCAGUCAGUUUUACCGAAGCCAUUGACCAUUUUAGAAACCAGUCAUCGACAUCACUGGAAUCCAAGUCGCCAUCCAUCUUGAUUGCCGAUGUCGACUUACAAAAGAUUGAGCAAUUGGGACCUCAACCCACAAAGAGCGAGAUUGCCUUGGAUACGCUGCAACGUUGGUUCCCAUCGGCUGCAAGCAUUCCAACACUUUGCAUAAAUGAUGUCCGUGUCCGACGGUCCAAGCAAGAACAGCAACCGCAAGAAACCGAGCGACACAACCAGGAACAGCAACAACAGCUGCGGCAGCCUUGGUUCGUUGCUUCCAGUGGUGGUGUUGGUAAUGGAUUUAAAGGAGGACUGCAACAGCAACCUGAGACGACGCCAUUGGAAGAGUGUCAGGAUCCCUUCGAAACAAUACGUCGUUCGAUAUCUAAACCUUUCAAAAACUCGAGUUUGAUCGAAGUUCUGCGUAGCAUCAGCGCUACAACGACACCUACUGCUAUUACAAGAAAAUCCUCAUCUAUGUUAAUGGAAAGCGCUACUAUUUCGAUUCGUAAGAGUAACGUACCUCCAGCAUCAGGAACUACCGAACAGCAGCAGCAGCAACAACAACAGCAAGCUGAACGGUUGUCAUCGAUCUCAUCUUCUGCUAAUUAUCAUCGUCCUUUCGACCUGUCACAUGUACGGACACUACUGGUAGAUGACAACCCUAUCAAUCGCAAGGUCGUUGCGCGUAUGCUAGAUAAAAUGAAUAUCAAGUCUCAAGUUGCCGAAAAUGGUCGACAAGCAUACGAAGCCAUUGAAGCAGCGCUAGAAACUGAUAGUCCAUUUCAAUUAGUCUUUAUGGACGUUUGGAUGCCUGAAAUGAAUGGUCUUGAAGCUGCUGCCAAGAUACGGCAUGAAUUGACCAGUGUCACACCCACGCAACCAUACAUUAUUGCCAUGACAGCCUGUGUCAUGCCUGGUGACAAGGAAAAAUGUAUAGAUGCGGGAAUGAAUGGUUAUGUCAGCAAGCCCAUACGCAAGGAAGAGCUUGAUGCUGCUAUCCAUACUUUUACACAACUAUUAAAUGACACUGCUAACAAUAACAAUAAUAGCAGUGGUUCCGCUGCUGCUGCUAACGACAAUUAAUUAUGAAGAAAAUAGGAGUCUGUAAUUUCGUG